AUGGGGAUACAGCACCUUUUACUUCUGCUCAUAUACCUGGACCCGCUGUGCGUGCUGGGCGCUGCCCCCGGCGGCGGGAAAAAGGUGGCCAACAAGGUGCCCAAAAAGAGCGCGAAACCCAAAGACGCAGCAAACAACAUCACCUCCGCGGCGGUUCCAACCGCGGCGUCGCAGAAGAACGUGCCCCUGUCGACGGCCGCCAGCAACCACGACACAUGCCUGGGCUACUACGACGUGAGCGGCCAGUAUGACAAACAGUUUGUGUGCAACAACACGAACCACCGCUUCUGCUGCGGGACCUGCUACCUGCGCUUCUGCUGCGAGUACAAGAAGGACCGGCUUGACCAAAAAGCAUGCCGGAACUACCACUCGCCCGACUGGGUGCAGACGCCGUCCCCGGCGCCCGUCCCGACGGGGGAGACGUACGACCCGAGCAUGGACCAGACGAACACCGCGGUGUACAUCACGUGUGGGAUCAUUGCCUUCAUUAUAGUGCUCGGCGUGUCGGCCAAAGUUGCCUACGACAAAGCCACGGAACCGCCUCAGGAGAUGAAUAUUCAUAGGUGA